UGAAAUUGUGUGUUUUUUCAUGUACAGUUAUCUUCAGAUUUUGAAGGUUGGGUGAGAAUGCCUACAAAUAAUCGUUGACAAAUUUGACUCUGACAUUUUUAGGCGCAAUAUUUUGCCUGACAUAACCUGACAAACUCAUACAGCCAACCAAGCCUUGAGAGAUUAAUCUUCGAUCAUUGAGACCUGCGUGGAGUUCCUUAGUAUAAAAGUUGUGUUAAAGGAACUUGUCAUGAACAGUUAAACAAAGUUUGGCUUUUUCAAAAUACAGCAUUCGGUGAAAAUGUUUGAAUAUUCGAAGGAAGAAUUACUAAGUCCUAAUAAAUAAAAAACUUUGAAAAGAUCUCUUGAUAGUUUUUAUGCUUCCGGCUACGAACACAGAAAACUUCGCAUCCUAUAACUUGCUUCAGUAUUAUGAAUUUAGAUUUACAUCUCUUAAUUAAAACGAUAUAUAAUUUUAGUAUGUUCCAACUUGUUCAGGUAUUAUCUGAGAUGUUUGCAACACUUCGAAAAUUCUAUAAAUGACACGCAACCAAUGACAGACUCCAGUAAUAGUACCGCAAUAACAGACUUAUAGGAGUAUUUGCAAGACUAAAUCGCAUGCGUUGCAGAAUGAAGUUCUACGUGGGCAUCAUUAUAACGAUAUUUUUUGUGUGCAUGAGAUAUGCAGAGGCUGAGCAAAGUUACACGGUGAUAAAUGAACAUUUCGAGCAUUACGAUGGUGUACAGGAGACUCUAUUUUCUGCGGAUAACGCUAGAGUUAUCGGUCGUCAACGUAACUUGAAUGGCACUUUGAAGUUUUCGGUAGAUAUGGACAACGAACACUUUAUGCUGAGUGUAGAAAUUUUCCAUGCUCAACCAGGUGAUGAUAAUUUUAAGCUUAUACCAAUAGGCAUCACGCGUAUGCCCCUUUGCGACGCUUUCAAAACCUAUUUCGCUAAAGUAGCGGAACCGUCUUUUGUACAUGGUGAGAACACCGAUUUUCCUUACAUACCUGAAGAGGGGUUGUGUCCUAUUCCGAAAGGUGAAUAUUACUUUAAAAAUUUGACUGUAAAGACCGACACAUGGCCUACUCAUAUACCAAGGGGCAAUAUAAAAGCGAAAAUGUCUUUUUUCAAGGAUGGGGUCGAUAUUGGAGCAGGGGCACUGGUAAUGAGAGUGGAAGAUCGUGAAUGAAUCUUUUUGGUUUUGAAAAAGUAAAGUAAAAAAGACAGAAUUGGUUUGUUAACAACUUAGUUCUGGAAAAAAGAAAUGAAAAAAAAAUAAUACGAACAAAGAAAUUUUUAAACUUUUUGGUAUUUUCAUAUUUUGCAUGUUCGGUAAGUUGGUUUGUUGUUAUAAGGUUGUCAAAUAUUUCCCUUCCGCUUUUUUGCUCUUUAUUCAAUUUCUUAUUAAAAGUGUUACAGUGAUGGGGUUUAGUUCGAAUAUGCGCUGUUUCGUUUGAUAAUGUGUUUCCAUCUAGACGGCAACUUCAUAAUACCCCCUUGCUAGAAGCCCCCUCCUUAUUUGCGACGAACUCGGACAGCCAAUUUUCACAAACCUCUUUUGAGUUCAACUUUACACCAACAAGGAUGUUCGCCAUGGACAGGAACAGGUGGUAAUCACUUAGCGCUAUGUCCGGGCUAUAUGGUGGUUGCGAUGAAACCUCCCAUCCGAGUUCAUGUAGCUUCUGACGUGUCAUCAACGAAGUGUGUGGUCUGGCGUUGUACUGGUGGAACACUACACCCGUUCUGUUGGCCAGUUUUGAACGCUUCUGGUCGAUCGCUUGCUUCAAGUGUUCCAGUUGUUCGCAGGAGAUGGUAGAACUAAGCGUCUGACCAUAUGGGAGCAGCUCAAAGUAGACGAUUUUUUUCCAAUCCCACCAAACACACAGCAAAACCUUCCUGGCCGUCAAUACCGGCUUGGCCACUGUUUGUGCUGAUUCACUGGCCUUCGACCACGACCGUUUUCGCUUGAUAUUGUCGUAUGAGAUCCAUUUUUUGUCGCCAGUCACCAUCCGCUUCAAAAGUGGGUCAAGCUCGUUCCGUUUCAGUAGUACUAUAUAUCGCAGACGUUGAUUCGGUCCAGAAGGCCUUUAUGCGCCAAAUCAUGCGGCACCCAAACAUCAAGAUUUUUUGUAUAUCCAGCCUUCUGCAGAUGGCUUAAAAUGGUUUGGUGACUAACUCUUAUCUUCUGGGCGAUGUUGCGAUUCUGUUAUCGGUGGUGUUUUUCACCCGCUCUGAAUCGUCGAAACCAUUCCUCCGCAGUUCGAAGUGAUAGAGUACCAUUCCCCUAAACAUCAUUAAUCUCACGGAACGUUUCUCUAGCGG